AUGUGGGAAAAAGAAGAAGAAGAAGAGGAGGAGGAGGAGGCCGUGGACGAGCAGCGGCUGAGCUGGGCCGGCUUGUACUCCCCGCAGGCCUUGGUGGGCGUCCAUCGGCAGCUGGCGGCUUUGAGCCAACAGCUGGAGCCCUGCUUCCCGCCCUUGCCCCCUGCGCUGACCGGGCCCAGCGGCUUUUGGGCGCUGCUGUUCCCCAGCUGCCCGGUCUUGGGGGAGAGCGAGCUGGAGAGCCUGUGCCGGCGCUUGGAAGCCUACUUCGGCUGGGCCUUGGAAGUCUGCGGACGGAAGACGCUCCUGGAGUCGCUCUUCGCCCACGAUCAGCAGGAGGAGGAAGAGUACUUUGAAAACAUGCAGGCGUUCCGCAGGAAAAGCCUCAAGGGGCAGCUGACCGCCGCCAAGGAAGCCUUGAGAGGGGUUCUCCACAAGCACAAAGAUGCUGUUAAACUGGUAGAUUUAAUGGAGCUGUACAAGGAAGAAGAGGAAGCUUAUUGGGAGCUGGUUACUGUGGCAACUGAAUUCUAUCAAUAUUUAUUGUUACCUUUCCGAGACAUGAGAGAACUGGCCACAUUAUAUAGACUUGAGAUUCGGAAAUCCUUGCAAGCCAACCGACUGGGCCCCAGAAGGAUAGAAGCGUUGCAGAAAGAGGCGAAGGAAUGGACCGACCGAGCAGAGGAAGCCGUGUGCUCCAUUCAAAACGUCACAGUUGGCUACUUCAAGGAAACCGUGACUGCACUCGCAGCAAUGCACAAACAGAUGGAGCAAGAUCAAAAGCGAUUUGGCCAGGCUGCCUGGGCCUCGGCGUCUCCAAGAUUAGAAAACUUAAAAUAUCUGCUAGCAAAAGAAACCCUUCAGCAUAUGAGAGCCAGAGAAUUGUGCCUGAAACACAAAAGAGUCGAUAUCAGAAAGCAGAUGGAGACACUCGGCGAGCAGAAAAAUGACGUGGCUCAAGUGGAAAAACUGGAAUUAGAGUAUUAUGAAACCCAGUUGGAGCUGUAUGAGGUACAGUUUGAAAUACUGAAGAAUGAAGAAAUGUUGUUGGUUACGCAGCUGGAGACUUUGAGAAGGCAGAUCAAAGAGAUCCAAGAUGAAGUGAUUUAUUAUGACACCUGUGAAAACUCUGAGGAAUUGGAAGCUAUGGAUCGGGCCCUGGAAGAAAGCCGUGCCUCUUCUUCUGAGGUGGCACGGCUCAGGCAGAAGACCCAGCAGCUGGAGACAAAACGGGGCAUUAUCUGCUCCAGGAGAGCAUAUCUCAGGAACAAGAAGGACCAAUGUGAAGAGAGCCGGCGUUUGAGGCUGCAGCAGGCACAGGAGACCACACGCUACUUCCAGCAGCAUCACAGCGUCCAGAUUAAAAGAGAGAUGAGAAAAGAAGAUGAGAAAAAGAAAAAAGCCUGGAUAAAGGAGGAGCGGCAGAAAACUCUGGAGAGGCUAAAAUCAUUCAAGGAGAAAUGCCCUGCGGAGUUUGUGCUAAAGACUUCCCGCUCUCAGCCCGUCAACUCCAACACAGGCGCCCAAGAUAAACCACGGCCUCUUGUGUGCAAAGGCUCGGCUAAAGAAAAUACUUCCCUGGAGAAAGCAGAUGUUGCAUCCAGAUGCCCAACCAAGAAUUAUACAGGGACCAUGGAUGAGGUCUUGGCUUCCCUCAAGCGUGGCGAAGUCCUCCUUCGCAAAGUGGACCUGCCCCAACAGGCACCGUCCAGCGGCAACUCUCUCAAUGACAGCAUUCUCGCUGCCAUUAGGCAGGGGGUUAAACUACGGAAGGUCAAUCAAGAGCCCAAGGAAGGUGUCGCGAAGGGUUCCGGCAGUGAACUGGAGCAAAGCAUCAAGGCAGCCAUCCAGAGGAUUAAGAAGGUCUCAGCUGACUCGGAUGAGGAUGAAAAUGGUGACUGCAGCAGCGGGGAAUGGAAUUGUUAACAGAGCCGUGGGCUGGUUAAAAGUUCCUCAGAAGCUCAUGAGGGAUUCUUGGGUGAGAAGACAGCUAACCGAAAAGGAGUGCCAAACGGGAAGUGUGGUUUGUGGCCCAACAAGUUGGCUAUUGCCUGCAUGAAUUGGGCAUCCCAGAAUUCUCAG